AUGGAGAGAGAAACGGACGAGAGCGAUCUCCUCGAUAGCGUGCGGAACGUCGCGACGACGGACGCGUAUCUCGCGUGGGUGCGACGGUGCGACGAGCGCCUCGAGUCUUUGCGAGAGGGGUGUCGAGAGGAGUGUCGAGAGGAGCGUCGAGAGAGAUCCACCGGAACGAUUAAUUCUCUGAUCGCUCGAGUCGUUCGACUGACGGGCGCGAGGGACGACCUGCGCCGACGCUUCGAGCGCUCGGGUGGCGGCGGGGGACAGGAGGGAUUCUCGUGGUCGGAGAUCGAGACAGCUUUCGCUAGGCGCGUUUUAACCGGCGCCGUUAUCAAUCUCGAUUACAUCGAACCAUUGCGGUUUCUCGAGGAUGCCAGGGAUACGGUGCUCGAUCGAGUAUGCGACGUUAUGAAUAAAUAUGACAGCGCCAAGGUCAAUAUCGCGUUCAACGGCGAGUUCGUUUCGGGUGACAAGAUCGCUGUUAAGACUAUCGUCGCGAAGAAUCAUCCGCUUUUGCCCGUGUCCAAUUUGCGAGAGUGGUACGAGAAGCGCGUAGUCGAUGUAAUUCUAGCGUCGUUGGAAGAGUUUCAAGAGCGCGAUAGUGGAUGGGCGUUAUCGCGAAUAUUGAAUCUAACGGUGAACGUGAACAGAUAUAAUUCUAUGCGCGCCGGAUGUUACGUCGAAAUUCCGCGAGAGAUCAAGUUAAAAAGAGCUGUAAUUAACGUGCAAUCUACGGACAAUGCGUGUUUCGCGUGGUCGGUGGUCGCCGCUCUAUAUCCGGUCGAAAAGCACGCGGAGAGAAGUUCGCGGUAUCCUCACUAUACAACGAUAUUGAAUCUGGAAGAUGUCGAAUUUCCUAUGAAUUUGAACGGAAUCGCUAGAUUCGAGCGUCUCAACGAUAUAUCUAUCAACGUAUAUACUAUUCGAGAUAAGAAGGAUAAGAAGAGAGAUAAGAAGAAUAAGAAGAGAGAUAUCGUUCUUCUGCGCCUCACCGAUCGCAAGAGGGAGAGACACGUUAAUUUGUUCUGUCUUAACGACGCGAAGCGACAAGAUAACGCGACGCAUUUCGCAUGGAUCAAGAAUCUGUCCCGUCUCGUCGGCUCGCAAUUGAGCGCUCGGCGACAUAAGGCGUAUAUAUGCGAUCGAUGCAUGCACUAUUUUCGAACGAGCGACAAGUUAUCGGCUCACAGCGAGAGAAUGAACGAGUGCGCUAUCCUUCUUCCGACCGAAGAGGACAAGUGGUUAAAUUUCGACAAUUAUGAGAGGAAGGAGCGUGUUCCGUUCGUGGUGUACGCCGAUUUGGAAUGCGCGUUGGAGAGGAAGGAGGAGAGGAGAACGCCGAAGACGUCCAUCAUUCAGCAUCAUAAGGCUCACAGCGUGGGAUAUUACGCGCGAUGCGCGUUCGAUGACGCUAGAUCGAUGUACAGAUCGCAUCGCGGCGACGACUGCGUAUCGUGGUUCGUUCGGGAAUUGCGAGAUCUAGCGCUUCGCGCGAGAGACUUUCUGAACACCAUCGCGCCUAUGACGCCUCUCACGGCGAACGAACAGGAGAGAUUCCUUAGCGCGACGAGUUGUCACGUGUGCGAGAGACCGUUCGAGUCGGAGGACGUUCGCGUCCGCGAUCACUGUCAUUCGACCGGACGCGCAAGUCUCGAAAAAUUAGCGUCUUAUCUCGAUAAGAGCGAAUUGAAGAUCGCGCGGUCGGAAUUUUCCGACCUCGACGACGCCGAUUUCGAGCUCCUUACGCGAAAAGGCGUAUUUCCGUACGAGUACGUCGACGAUAUCGAUAAAUUGCGCGAGACUCGUUUACCACCGCGCGAGGCGUUCCGUAGUUCGCUGACCGGCGAUACCGUAUCCGGUAGCGAUUACGAGCGCGCGAUAAAAGUUUGGGAGCGAUUUCGCGUUCGGACGCUAGGCGAAUAUAGCGAUUUGUAUUUAAAAACUGACGUUCUUCUGUUAGCUGACAUCUUUGAAAAUUUUUGCGACGCGUGUAUGAAGAGCUACGGUUUAGAUCCCGCGCAUUAUUACACGUUACCCGGAUAUACGUGGGACGCUAUGUUAAAGUAUAUGGGCGUUCGAUUCGAGCUUUUAACCGAUAUAGAUAUGGUAAUGUUCGUGGAGCGCGGAAUACGCGGCGGACUAAGUCAGUGUUUCAAUAGAUACGUGCGCGCUAAUAACAAAUACUUAAAAUCGUAUAAUCUUUCGGAACCAUCGUCGUAUCUUAUGUACUUCGACGUGAACAAUUUAUACGGAUGGGCGAUAUGCCAAUCGUUGCCUUACGAGGAUUUUCAAUGGGUCGAGGACGUUUUGAGUAUCGAUUUAAUGUCCGUGAUGCCGAAUUCGCCUACCGGUUAUAUUAUAGAAGUCGACCUCGCGUAUCCAUCCAAUCUUCACGACUCUCACGCCGUUUUGCCCGAAGCGCGAUAA